UACAGUUGCCGGGUGGUGUAUGUAUGCCAGUACAGUGUCUGUCGGAGUAGUCUGUGAACAGUGGUGCAAGUAUAUGCGUAAAUUCAGUGGACAUUAUUCUCAGUAUUUUCACAUUGUCUUCAUCACUGGAUAAAGGUGGAACCUAGCAGCAAGAUGACUCUCCAGUUAAAAGAACUUGUUCUACUAGUGAUUCUGUUUGGUUCAGCAUCUCCCAUGAAAGUUCUACACACAUUCUUUGACCCAGGGGAAAAUCGCUUCCAACAUUUAACAGUCAAUGCCAAAACUGGUCACAUAUUUCUCGGUGCUACCAACAGACUGCAUAAGCUAUCUUCUGAGCUAACAUUAUUGCAGAGUGCUUCGGUUGGACCAAGGUUGGACAACCCCGAUUGUCCUCCGCCGGUAAUGCCGUGUCCUGAAGACAUAGAAAAACGAAUGACGGAGAGUAGAACGAAAGGAAUAGUGAUCGAUAAGGAUGAUAACGCCUUGAUUCUGUGCUCUAGUUUGUUUCACGGCCAUUGUCAGAGGGUUUCGUUGGAUAACAUAACCCGGGUGGAGAAGUUUGUUCAGAGGCCCAUGGUUCCGAAUGACGAAUCGUCUUGUGUGAUGUUUAUUGCUCCGAGUAUAAACAUGGAAUCGGCGCUGUACAUCGCUGCAACUUACAGCAGCUACGGGAAGAAGGUUUAUAGAGAUAUGGUGCCCAGUCUGAGCAGUCGGAGACUUGAUAAUUUGGAAUUUGUUUUCCGAGACGCUAAUGGUGCUACAAGGAAAAAUGUGCUAGAGAAAUUCCGAACUAGUUUUAAGAUCCGAUACGUCGAUGGAUUUUCUUACGACAGUUUUGUGUACUUCAUUUCCGUCCAAAAAGAAAAGCCCGGUUCGACAAAGUAUGUGUCGAGAAUCAGUCGAAUUUGUCAAAACGACACCUAUUUUUACUCGUAUGUCGAAACGUCAUUUGUUUGUGAAGGAAGUGCUGGUGAGAGUUACAGCAUCGUCCAUGACACGGCCGUUGCCAAUGGAAACCUUUACGCAGUGUUUUCUCAGAACAUCAACACAUCGUUCAAGCCUGGCAGUGCAUCAGCUCUUUGUGUUUUCAAAAUGGCCGAUGUCAAUAAAGUUUUCAACACUGCUGUUGACAAAUGUUUCCAUGGAAAUGGUGUCAUCGGUCCAGAGCAUUUUACGCAAAAACACACCUGUGUACCAACGUCUGCCACUGUGGACUACUGUGGCCACUCAGAUGUAGCUGAAGCCUACAGCUCCAUCGAGGGGACGGAGCCAUUGAGGGCCGCACCGAAACUUGUUCUCGAUGACACAUCGGCAAUGUCCGUGCUUGUGAGGACGGAGGGACAGCACACCAUCGCCUACAUCGGCACAACAGCAGGCAGCGUUCUCAAGGCUGUUGUUUUGAGAGAUGGUGCGAGUAUUUUAUCCAGUGUGGUAGUUGAUAUCCGGGGACCGGUUAAAGAACUGUGGCCUGCCAGUGACAUGCAGAAGCUUAUAGUACUGACGGCUUUAAAGGUGUCACUGAUAUCAGUGUUGCACUGUGAGGAUCACCUGACGUGUGCUGCGUGUGUUGCCAAAGCUGACAGUACGUGUGGCUGGUGUAUAAUGCAGGAUAGAUGUACAACAAAAGAACGAUGUCAAACAUCGGCAGUCCGCCCUCACUGGCUGCCAUCCAUCGACCAGUCGUGUGCUCGCAUCACCAACAUCCAGCCCGACACUCUCAGCUACGAGAGUCUUCAGAAUGGCAAGGCUGGAGAACAGAUCUCGUUUGAGCUGGAAAAGGUGUCAGUACAGAGUCCGUCACAGCUGGAUCUGAAGUGUCGUUUUCAGGCGGGACAUCAAAAACACGACACAUCGGCCUCGAUACACCACAACACCGUCACCUGUCGCCUUCCCGAGAAAGAACACCUUCCCAGCAUUCCUCAGGGUAAGGAUCAUCGGGAGCUGGUUCUACACUUCCACGUGCAGGGCCGGUCGAUCGUCACUCGCAGUGUGUCGCUGUUUGACUGCCGCGUCCAUGACAACUGCACAAGCUGUGCCACCAGUGCCUUCAAGUGUCAGUGGUGCUACGAGACCAACACCUGUCAGAAAGACUCGUCUACCUGCCAGACUUCCAGUGGAAUAACUCUGACUGAUUCCUGUCCGCGGGUUGAAGCUUCGGGACAGGAUACAGACAUUCUGGUGCAUUCUGGGGAAGAAAAACAGAUAGCAGUCAGAGUCAGAAAUCUGAAGGGGGACCAGAACUCCAAUGUGAAGUGUGUGUUUACCUAUGUUGGGAAGGUCCAGAAUGUUCCUGGUACCAUCACUUCAUCAAGUCUUACUUGUGAUUCAGUCAAGUUUGAAUCUGAUGACACAGAACAGCCAUUUGUGACAGCUUCAUUCAAAGUGAUCUCGGGUGCUAAAGGAUUUGCCCUGGGAAAUCCAUCUAACAUUAAAGUGCGAAUCUACAAGUGUCCUCUGAUGGUGACUAACUGCGGCAAGUGUCUGAGCAUGGACAAGGAGUACCAGUGUGGUUGGUGUGAUGACAAGUGCACGCUGCAGAAACACUGUGGAAACACGUGGUUAGAUCGCUCGGCAGCCUGUCCCAACCCACAGAUCCUCAGGUUCAGUCCUACGACGGGACCAAUUCAUGGCAAGACCAACAUUUCCGUGACUGGUAUUAACCUGGGCAAGAAGUACACGGACAUCACUGGUAACGUGUCUGUGGCAGGUGUGAAGUGUACGAUACACCGAGAACACUACCAACCCUCAUCCAGAUUUUCCUGUGAGACUGAUAUCUCCCGGGAUGAGAAGUCUGGUAACAUCAUCGUGCUGGUAAACGGGAUGUACUCAGCUGAGUCCGACACUCCUUUCUACUUUGUGGAUCCACAAGUGACAUCCAUUACACCCAAGAAGGGUCCUAAAUCUGGAGGGACUGUUAUUGGUAUCCAUGGCAGCAACAUGAACACAGGAAGUCAAAGAACAGUCACAGUGGGAGGAGAGCCAUGUGAAUUCAUUAGGUCAAACAAGACAACUCUGGAGUGUCGGACAUCCCAACACACGGCUGCCACGGAUGAUGUGGAGGUUGAAGUGAGUUUUGGAGGUCUGAAGAAACUCGUACCAGAGCGCUUCUUGUACCUCAAGGACCCUACAAUAACCAUGAUCGAGCCCAGGAGAAGUAUCCUCAGUGGAGGUACAACUAUUACUGUCGUUGGUCAAGGACUGGAUCUGAUACAGAAGCCGGAGUUUUUCACAACAUACGGUGGCAACUUCUAUAAGACUAACUGUCGAGUGGAGCACGAGAUAGAGAUCCAGUGUCCCGUUCCCGGCAUCAUGAACCCCGGGGUGAACGUCACGGACACAAGUCCACUCGAGGUGCACUACGGCUUCAACAUGGACGGCGUGAUGACACUGAAGAACAUCUCCCACCAGAACCAGUUCGGCCCCAUCCUCUACUACCCUGAUCCAGACAUCUACUCCUUCUCCGGGGACAGCCACCUCAAGAAGUACAUCAAGGAUGACUGGCUCUCCAUACAGGGUCGGUUCCGCACGGUGAAUCCGCUGAUCUCCAACGUGAUGGUGUAUGUUGGGAUGGACCUGUGUGAGAACCCGGCCGCCACCGACACGGCCAUCACGUGUAAACCUCCACCACAACCAGCAGGCAUCGACAACAUGGGCAAGGCUACUGUCGAGGUCCACAUCGGCAACCUGAAGGCUGACGUCGGUUAUCUUCAGUAUUACGAGGUUUCCAACUCGGACAAGCCCAUUGCUCUGGGAGUCAUUCUUGGUGUUGUCCUUCCCAUCCUGGCCAUCAUCAUUCUGCUGACGAUCUGUGUGAUCCGCCGCCACCGCAAACACGGCCCCAGCGAGAACUACAUCCCUGAUGUUCUGAAGGACUACGAGGGUAAAAAGGAGGAGGAAGAGAUUGGAAUGAAUAAUGUCUCCAUUAAAGCUGACAUGAAUGGGCAAAUACUCGACGAUAAAGAUUCGGGACCAUACAUUGCCGAGUUGCUUGGUAAAUUUGAAGACUCAGCUUUGCAUCAUAGCAUCAGCUCCAUGUUGAUACCCAGGAGCAGGCUGGACAUCGGGGAACUUAUAGGGAAAGGUCAUUUUGGAGCGGUUUAUAAAGCUCAGUACCAGCGAAGUGGUGAAGACAAACCAAUCCAAGUUGCUCUUAAAACACUUAACUGUAACAACACAGAGGCGGAGGCCAUGCAGACGUUCCUACAGGACACAGCCAUGUUGAAGAAUCUACAGAACAAACACAUCCUGUCUGUGGUUGGGGUGUGCAUCACCACCAGCGAGGAGCCCAUCAUUAUCAUGCCAUUCAUGGCUACUGAAGAUCUCAAAAGUUAUAUCAGAGAACCUUCCAAAGAAAUAACUGUAAUGGAGUUAUUGGACUUUGGCAGGCAAGUUGCUGAGGGUAUGGUGUACCUAGCAGAGGCCAAGGUCGUUCACAGAAAUCUGUCUGCUCGCAACUGCAUAGUAAUGGAAGACGGGACUGUUCAUCUAACAGACUACGGAAUAACGAGCAGUUUGUUCUCGCGGGAGUUCUACUUCUCUGCGGAGAGCACGGUUAAAGACUUGUAUAAAUGGAUGUCAAUUGAAACUCUGGACAACUUUGAGUUUUCAACUCAGUCUGAUGUGUGGUCAUUUGGAAUUGUGUUGUGGGAACUGAUGACAAGGGGAGUAACUCCAUAUCCAGAUGUUGAUAGUGGAGACCUGAAGAGUUAUCUCCAGAGUGGAAAGCGAAUGAGGAAGCCCAAGCAGUGUCCAGAAGACAUCUAUCGGCUGAUGACGCAGUGCUGGAUGGAGACACCAGGAGACCGACCGACAUUCCAGAAAUCUCUCGAGGAGCUGAUCCGCUUCACACAGACAGAAGAGGUCGGCGGAGACACAUCGGAAAAUCAACCUCUGUUGAGUAGCGUUGACAUCGGUGGAUCCACCGAGUACCUGGAAGUUGUGGGUUAAGUAGGAGGUCAAAGGUCAAGAAAUUAUAACUAAUCUUGAAUUGCCAGAAUCAGUUGGUUAAAUAUGAGGUCAAGGAACAAUAAUUGAAAUCUUGAGUUACCUGAAUCAAUUGGUUACAUAGAAGGUCAAAAAAUAAUAAUUGAAAUCUUGAGUUGCCAGAAUCAAUUGGUUAAAUGUGAGGUCAAAGGUCAAGAAACAAUGGGAAUCUUAGAUUUCCAGACUUUGUUUACUGACCAUCGUAUAUUCAAGUUGGUCACUGAACAGCCUCAAGAAUAUUACUUGAAUCCGUUGGUUAUUUAGAGUAGCCUUCUCCUGGAUUUAUUGGCUGCACCUGAGGUCAUAGGUCAGUAAUGGAAGCAGAAUCUCAAUUAAGCCAUUAACCGUGUUUUGGCCUGUAAGUUUGUCUGUGGUGAAUUGUGUCAUAAUGUCUUGGAGUGGACAUUAGAAUGAAGUGCUGCAGAUGUUUUGAGAAAACAUGUUUUCUGUAUGGAAUUGAAUGUUUUUAAAAUUAAAAUAAAAACUGAACAAAGACGCAUGUACUGUUCUUAGUUAUAAGCAUAAUGAUGACAUUAUUGUGAAGCCUGUGGGAACAAAUAAUUGUCUUGGAAUCAAAGAUGUUCAAUACACUGGGAACAAAUGAUUUAGAAAUGUUUUUAAACACAUUUCAGACAAUUUAAGUGGCCAGUAUUGUGACUAUGCAAGUCUCUAAUUUAAAAAAAACAAUCUUGUACUAGCAUAAUAGAGUGAUACAUGUUUACUGUUAUUUGUACUUUUCAAUACUUCCCCACCACAGCCACAAGUUCUUUUCUAAUAUAGUAGAUUCUGGAUUACAUGCAAUGCUGUGACCAUUUUAUAACACAUGCUUAUGGAUUACAUGCAAUGCUGUGACCAUUUUAUAACACAUGCUUAUGGAUUACAUGCAAUGCUGUGACCAUUUUAUAACACCUGCUUAUGGAUUACAUGCAAUGCUGUGACCAUUUUAUAACACAUGCUUAUGGAUUACAUGCAAUGCUGUGACCAUUUUAUAACACAUGCUUAUGGAUUACAUGCAAUGCUGUGACCAUUUUAUAACACCUGCUUAUGGAUUACAUGCAAUGCUGUGACCAUUUUAUAACACCUGCUUAUGGAUUACAUGCAAUGCUGUGACCAUUUUAUAUUACCCGCUUAUGAUGUUAUUUAUCACACGUUUUGUACAAACUGGUGUUGAACUCUUUGCUUUAAUAUAUAGACGUGGCUUAUAUUAUCCGGUAGAAUGCCAUUAAUAAUACAAAUUCAGGCACUUGUGCGGGGGUGUGGGGUCUAGACUGGCAAGUGAAGAUAUUAGGUGAGUAUCGAGAUUAUACUCCCCUGGAAAAUAAAUUUUAAAAAGAAAAUUUGUCCUGAGCGGGGGUUGGUGGGGAGUGGUUUUCAAACUCAAACCUCUGCACAUGUGCUUGAAAUUAUUUUGUACAUACUUUUAUAUAUGCAAUUACACUUUAUAAAAUCCUAUUGCAAGACCAGAUCAUUUCAUUUAAUAGCACACAGAAUGUUCUAACAUUGUUCUAUUAAUCAACACUAAAACAACUCUUCGGUGAACCCAUUUAACAUGAUUUUAAUGAACCGUUGAUUUAAUCCACUUAUAUCAUUUUACAUAUGCUCUAGAAUCAGAAGGGCAGGGGGUGCUGAUUCUUCCUGAAAUCUACAGAUUAUACAUUUAACCCCAAUUGAGGUGCGGGACGUAGCCCAGUGGUAAAGCACUCGCUUGAUGCACGGUCGGUUUGGGGUCAGUGCCCGUUGGGCUAUUUCUUGUUCCAGCCAGUGUACCACGACUGGUGUAUCAAAGGCCGUG